CCCGCAGGACAGGACGCACCAGGUUGACAAGUGUGGGCUUCCCUUUUGGAUUUUACUUUUCCACGCGUUUCUGGCGAUAAAGGGCUCUAGGUUAAAGUCGGGGGUUGUUGUCCUGCUGGCGGAGUUUCACGUGUCUCCAUUUGGCACCAGACGCGUCUGUCUCCGACCGCUACUUGGUGUCUGGAGCUGCUGAAGUCAUGCCGGCCGGGUUUCAUCAACUCGGAGGGGAGACAGUGACAGGAACCCUCGCUCUCUCAGUCUUCACUGCUGUGCUGGGAUCUCUGGAGUUUGGAUACAACAUCGGCGUCAUCAAUUCACCUCAGAAGAUCAUUGAGGAGGACUAUAACGCUACAUGGGUGCACCGGUAUGGAGAGCCCAUCCCCACAGGGACCCUCACCUCCCUCUGGUCCCUGUCUGUGGCCAUCUUCCCCAUUGGGGGCAUGCUCUCUUCCUUCUGCGUGGGUUUCGUCUCUGAGUGGUUGGGCAGGAGGAAAGCCAUGCUCAUAAACAAUCUGCUGGCCUUCAUUGGUGGAAGUAUGAUGGGUUUGUCCAAGCUCUGUCGCUCCUUUGAAAUGAUGAUCUUCGGACGUUUUAUCAUUGGUGCCUUCUGUGGGUUGGCGUCAGGCUUGACACCAAUGUAUGUGGGUGAAAUUGCUCCCACGAGUCUGAGAGGGGCUCUGGGCACGCUGCACCAACUGGCCAUAGUCACUGGCAUUCUCAUUGCACAGAUUCUCAGUCUGGAGUCGUUAAUGGGCAGUGAGGACUUGUGGCCUGUCCUGAUGGGUUUAACCGUCGUACCAACUGUACUUCAGAUGGCACUUCUUCCCUUCUGCCCCGAGAGCCCCCGAUUCCUCUACAUCGUCCGCUGCCAGGAGCACCACGCCAAGAGCGGCCUGAGGAGGUUAACGGGCAGGCAGGAGGUGGGCGACAUGCUGGCAGAGAUGAAGGAGGAGAAGAGGAGAAUGGACAUGGAGAGGAAGGUGUCCAUCCUGGAGCUCUUUCGCUCUCCACUCUACCGCCAGCCCACCAUCAUCUCCAUCCUGCUGCAGCUCUCCCAGCAGCUGUCUGGGAUCAACGCAAUUUUCUACUACUCCACUGAUAUCUUCAGAAAAGCAGGAGUGCAGAGUGCGGACUAUGCCACCAUAGGAGCUGGUUUGGUAAACUGUGCCUUCACUGUGGUCUCACUCUUCCUAGUAGAGAGGAUGGGUCGACGGACACUCCACAUGCUAGGACUGGGAGGAAUGUGCGUCUGUGCCAUCAUCAUGACGAUUGCUCUUGUUUUACUGGACAGUGUUCCUUCGAUGAGCUACGUCAGCAUGCUGUCAAUCUUUGGGUUUGUUGCCUUCUUCGAGGUGGGUCCAGGUCCCAUCCCCUGGUUCUUUGUAGCCGAGUUGUUCUCUCAGGGUCCGAGGCCGGCUGCAAUGGCUGUGGCCGGCUUUUCCAACUGGACUGCCAACUUCAUCAUCGGCAUGUGUUUCCCAUAUGUUAAUAAACUUUGUGGGGCAUACAGCUUCCUGAUCUUCGCAGCACUCCUCCUCUUCUUCAUCAUCUUCACAUUCUUCCGAGUGCCAGAGACACGGGGAAAGACCUUCGACCAGAUUGCAGCAAACUUCCACGAGCACUCGGCGGGAGGAAUGAUGGAUAUGGGCAUGGACAUGGACAUGGACAUGGACAAGCCCAGCACUGAGCUGGAUUACUUGGGGGAAGAAAGUAUCAAUUGAAAAGUCCCUGCUUGAUGAGAGAUUGAACUGAGAACAGCCUGGGAUGAACUGUGUAUAUGGGCCUGAUGCCAAAAUCUUAUUGACAUGUAUAUUGAGGUCUAUUGUUAUAUUCAUAGAUUGUGGUGCCAAAGCAGUGUUAAAGGUGUGUGACAAUUUGGGUGUUUUGGACUUGUCCUAUGCUGGUGCCACUGCAAUCCAAGGUAAAUAGUUAAGAAUUCUGCCUUGACAGAGUCUGAAAACCUACAGAGUAAAAGCUGAAGAUGUAAUUUCAAGGAAUAUGAUGCACAUAAGGAGAAGGUGUCUGGACUGUUGAGGCAUUGACUGCCAGUGUGGUAGGAUUUUAUGCAAUGCACUCAGUUGCAAUAUUGUCAGAGGUGGAGAGAGGGGAGGAUUUCCUGCACUUUAUCUACAAAGACAUCCAAAGUUUUCAGAGCUAGGUUAAAAAAGCAGAAUAUACAGCCACAGCGUUGAGUAUACUUGCAUAUGUUGUACGAAAGCUGGGAACACACUGGAGUGUGUGAGACAUUGGUUUCAGAUUUCUGUCAUUAGUAAAAUUCAACUACAAGAUCAUGUUCUGAUUUAUAAAUGAGAUGUUAGUGGCUGUCAAUGGUUUGAAACUCAUCUGGAAGGAACAAGGUUUAAACCCUAAGUGUGCGGGAUUAUUUUAGUUGUGUGGCUUCUUUUGUAAAUGAAAAAAAAGGUUUGUGGAAAAGCAUUUUUAUAUUCCUUUAAGUAUCUGAAAAAUACAAUUUCAGUACCUAUAAGCUCAAGGUUUUGAACAUGACUAGACAAACUUCUGAUACACAGCCCUAACUCCAAUAUUAUGCCAACUGUCCAAUGUGACCCACUAAUUCCCCCUGACGAUCUUUUGGAUAAAAAAAA